AUGUGGGGGCGUAUCAAUUUUACGUUUUAUGUGUGCCAUUGAAGUAAAUACAUCUUUACUUCAUAUAUAUUUACUUCAAUGGUGCGUGCUGCUGUUGCAUGUGCUAAUCUGCUGCAAGCAAGCAGUGAAAAUCAAAACAAUGUAAAUGAGGAACAACUACUGGUCAACUUCAGUUGAUUCUCACAAGGGAGCAGGGGUAGAGUGGAAGUGUAAAAAAAGAUAGGUAGACAGACAGAUAGAUAGAUAUAUGAUAUCAAUGAUGGAUAUAGAUUGUUUUAUAUAUGUAGUAAGCAGUUUACGCAAGCGCGCGAACUCCAAACAGGAGCACUCACGCACUCCAGUUCCAGUCCACACACAGUCACAUAGUCAUAAGGAAAAUAUGUACAGUUCAGGAGAUUUUCAUUUUGCAGAUAAUGCUUUUUACAUUGUGUAAUUUAAUUUUUUCUUUCAUAUAUUUUUCUGCUGGCACGACAAGUGAAACUAUCCACUUUGUUAACGUUGAACCAGAUCAACUUUAUUGCAAUCAGAAAUUACACAAUGGUGAAAGUGCUUAUUACUCAUUGGCAAACCUUAAAGCGAAUUCUGACUAUGAAGUUCGUAUUUCCUACCCUGCUGUGAUGCCAACAAAGUUCAUCUUGAAACAAAUAAAUUCAACUACAUCCACUGGUAGAAAACUCCUAAAUAUAGAGAAGACAGUAUUUAAUUCAGGUUUUAAUGAGAAAACAUAUUUUGAGGUCACAGCAAUUUACACAGGUGUUCCAGUCAUGGCUAGUUUAAUGGAAGUUCCUGUUUUGUAUGACAUAAUUGUAGAGCAGCUCUAUGGAGGAUUUCCUAUUAAUGUGUGGAAGAUGGUUUUCAUAGCUAUUCUUGCUGUUUGUGCUGUAUUCAAAGUUUGUCACAAACCUUUUAUGAAUUACAUCAUUGAUGAGACACAAAAAGUUGCCUAAACUAGCACAAGAUGAAAACAGGGAUGGUAUAAUGGAAAAUAAGGUUUAUGGUUACGUUAUGAAACAAAUUCAAUACAAACAGACUUUUCAUGAAUAUUUUGAAAAUACCUUUAGUUACAACUGACAUUUUACAGUAAAUUGUUGUUCAUCAUACAAAUUCAUCAUUUUUGUUUUAUUUUUACUUAUAAGUAACAUACUGGGAUUUUUAACAGCUGUACAUAAAAUUUCUUUUUUAGUCUAUUUGUAUUCAUAUAUUUAUA